AUGAUUCAAUCACCCUCUCCGUUCACAGACCAAUACACCUCAAUUGACCCUACAGAGCUCUUAAAGUUGAAGCGAAUCACCCAUGUAGGACCCUAUACUCGGUUGACACUCAGAUGGAAGGCGAACCUGGAAGUUGGAGAGAACACCGCUGGCAGUUCAUAUCGACGCAAAUGUUACAAUGCUUCGGUCGUUCUCAACAACGUGACACUGGCUGUGACGUUAGUCCAGGAGUCUCUUCACUACAGGCAGGACCUGAGUGGGCGAGUUAAUCUCGAAGGCGUAGUCGUGCAGGGUGGCAUCGACCGCUCAAGCCGCUUGGUGCUGGACGCUCUAGACGACACCGCUUGCGCAGAUCGUAGAAGAAGCUUCGCCGCAGAGACGACUGUUGGCUUGCAGGUUGCGGGAAGUGCGCUCCUUGUCAAGGACUCUUUUGUCCGGAAUGACUCAGCUGGGAGCAAAUGGAGGGUGGCCGUCAUGAUGCACCGGGAGUGGGACAUGCAGUAUUUGAUGUACAGGGAGUUUGAGGUUGAUUAUAUAUACGACAGACUCGCCAUUGGAGCGGCCUCAAUUGGUCACUUGCGACCCGGAGAAGUCGUGUCCGUCUCUGGGAACGUGGUAGACAUAGGAGGCGCGCACGGCAAAUGGAUCGUCGCGCUCCAUCACUAG